AUGGGAGACGAUGAGGACUCGCCUCUCCAUCCUUCCCUCAAGACUUCUCUCAAGCAGCGGCCAUCAGGGCAGACGACGUCGCACGCGACGUCGCUGGCGACGAUUCCGUCGCGCGGCAGCGACGCUGCGAAACCCGUCGCGAGCGUGGCUUCGAAUAGGAGCCGCGUCUCCGCCGUCCGAUGGGACGAUCUGGACCGUCUGAACAGCUCCGGUAAUUCGACACGUCAGCACGAGGCGAAUGAGAUGCCCACGUGGCUGACGCUGUCUGACGUCAGCGCGAUAAGCUCAGGAGCCGAGAACGAGCCAGGGGGCCGCGAGGCGUGGGACGAGGCGCGCGCGCGCAGGGAAUGGGGGGAAGAGGCCUGCGCGCCUCAAGGGUGGACGAACGGGAGGCGGGAAAGAAGGCAACGAGGGGAAGGGGAAGGGGAAGCGGAAGGGGAUGCGGGAGGGGAAAUGGCGGAAGCGGGGAAUGCGGAGGAGCAGAACAUGUACGAGCUACCUCACAAGCAGCGGUUCCGCGGCGACCAUGACCUCUCGCCGCUGCAGCAGGUGAGCGCUACAGCAGCGUGUACUAACAACCCCCCUUUCCCCCGUCCGCCCCCCUUCCCCCCCUCCCCCCCUUCCCCCCCUUCCCCCCUCCCCCCUCCCAUUUUCUGCACUGGGUCUCCCACACUCGCUGCUUGGCCGUCCCUCAAGAGAUCUCCCCCACUCCGCCUUUGCCUUCUCAACUGGGUGUCUCACACGCUGCUGGGCCGCCCCUCCAGGCUUCUGAACUGGGUGUCCCACACGCUGCUGGGGCGCCCCUCAAGGGGCUCUACGCACUCUGCCUUCGCCAUCUCCCGCAUGGCCUCCCAGACCGCCCCAGGCCUCGCCCCCUCUGACUCCCGAGCCAGCGCCGUAGGCUCGGGAGCAGGGGGCAGGCCCACGUUUGCCCGGUCCGACACGUUUUUCCUGCGGGAGAUGCGGACGUCUGAGCUGCUGGGGAGGGCCGUGGUGGCGCCUGAUAAUGGCUACCUGUUGUUGUGGCAGCAGCUCAUCCUGGCUCUCUCCUUCUACUCCGCGUUCAUCACGCCGCUCGAGUUCUCCUUCCUGCCCGUGCUGCCGUCCGGCCUCGCCAUAGCGGACGGUGUCGUCAGCAUCUUCUUCCUGUCCGACCUCAUUCUCACAUUCUUCGUGGCAUACAAAGACCAGAAGACGCAGAGAUACGUCUGUGACCACUGGAGCAUUGCCACUAGGUACCUGUGCACGUUUUUUAUCGUGGACCUGCUCGCACUCUUCCCCUGGGAUACCUUCUUCCAGCUGGCAGGGGGGGAGGCGGGCGACAACCUGUUGAGGUGGUUUCUGUGGACUCGCGUUGUGAGGACGCGCCACAUCAUGAACUACUUCCACAGGCUACAGAGGGACAUCCAUGUGAGCUACUUCGCAGUGCGAGUGGCGAAGCUCAUAUUCAUCGAGCUCUACAUCACUCACGUGGCUGGCUGCUUUUUCUACUUCCUCGCCACCACCUACCCUCCGGACGAGGAGGGCAGCACAUGGAUAGGCAGUCUGACGCUGGGUGACCUGACGUACACCAACUUUCGGGAGAUGGACCUGUACACGCGCUACUUCACGUCGCUCUACUGGUCUGUCAUCACCAUGGCCACCAUCGGGUAUGGCGACGUGCAUCCAGUGAACCCGCGAGAGAUGGUGUUCGCCAUGGCCUACAUCUCCUUCGACCUCGUGCUCUCCGCCUACCUCGUCGGCAACAUCACGGCGAUGGUGGUGAAGGGGUCCAACACGACGCGGUACCGGGAGAAGAUGUCCGCUCUCAUCAAGUACAUGAACCGCAACCACCUGCCCCACUCGCUCAGGCAGCAGAUGAGGCAGCACGUGAGGCUGCAGUUUGAGACGGAGCAGGUGGAGGACGAGGUGAUGGAGGAGUUUCCGCUGAGCAUCCGCCACAAGGUGGCGCGCGCCCUCUACCAGCGCGCUGUGGAGGCCUGCUACCUCUUUGAUGGGUGCUCGGGGGAAUGCAUCAACCAGCUCGUAGCGCGCGCCGUGCCCGAGUACUACUACCCGCUGGAGGUGCUCAUUCAGAAGAACGAUGCCGCAGAGCACAUGUUCAUCGUCUGCUCCGGCACCGUCCAGGAAGCUUCCUGCGUGUACGGCGAGGGGACGGACGACGAGCACUGGGCGACCCUCACAGCCGGCAAUAUGUGUGGGGAGGUGGCGCUGCUGUGCAACAUACUGCAGCCCUUCACAGUCACCGCCAAGGAGCUGUGCCAGGUACUGCGCAUCGACCGCCAGUCCCUCUCUAUAGUCACAUCUCUCUUCAUCGUGGAUGGCCGUUGCAUGGUGGACAACCUGCUGCAGCGCUCGGAGGAGGCGGGCAGCAAGUUUGAAAGUCUGGCGGCGGAGAUAGAGGCGCUGGUGGCGGCGCAGGAGGCGGACCUGACAGUGAGCACCAUCUAUGCCGCGUGGACAGGGGACAUGGCCCAGCUGCAGCAGCUGCUGGCGGCAGGGGCCAAGGCGGACAGGGCUGACUACGACGGCCGCACGCCGCUGCACCUGGCAGCGGCGGGGGGGCACAACGAUCUGGUGCGGCUGCUGCUGCUGGAGGGCGCGCAGGUGAGCGCGGUGGACAACUUCGGCACCACACCGCUGCUGGAGGCACUCAGAGCGGGGCACGAUGAGACCGCUGCCAUCCUCACCAGCAAAGGGGGCACCGUGGGGCUGCAGGAGGCGGGCCCAGUCCUCUGUGCAGCGGUGGCAGCAGCGGACACGGACCUCCUGCAGCGCCUGCUGUCCCACGGGGUGCAUCCCAGCGCCUCUGACUACGACCAGCGCUCCCCGCUGCACAUCGCCGCCAUCAAGGGCCACCUGCAUGUUGCCCGCCUCCUCGUCGACCACCACGCUGACGUGGCGGCCCGUGAUAGGUGGGGAAGCACCCCAUUGGACGAGGCUCGCCGAUGUGGCAGCCUGCCAUUGGUGCGAUUUCUGGAGGAGGUGGGGGCGCGUCAGGCCAGCCGAGCGCACUCUGCCGCCCCUCCAACAGCCAUUGCUGGCACAACAUCUGCUGCUGCCACUGCUGCUGCUGCCACUGCUGCUGCUCCACCCCUUUCCCCUCCUACCGCUUACACCCUAUCCACAUCUGCCGCCCCGUCCACAUCUGCCGCCCUGUCCACAUCUGCCGCCCUGUCCACAUCUGCCGCCCUAUCCACAUCUGCCGCCCUAUCCACAUCUGCCGUCCCAUCUGCCCCAUCCGCGGACUCACCUGACCACAGCACUUACCAGACUACGGGGCAGGCAGCAGGCUGUGAUGCACGUGGGAAGGGUAAGGGGGGGGAGCUCGCAGGGGGGCCAGGCAGCAGUGGAGAGGAGGGUGGGAGGGAGCGUCGCAGGGAGGUGGGUGUGGGAGAGGAGGCGGGGAGGGUGGGUGAUGGGGGGAAGGAGCAGGAGACAGAUACGCAAGGAUGA